AUGCUUCUAAAACGUACUGUUCUUCUCUUAUCGGGGAAGAAAAUUCCCUUUCUGCUCUGUGGAUCACGUUUUGCUCCAGUCAUGCUUCGUACAGGGCAAAUAUAUACAGAUGACAAUUUUAGAAAAGAUUUUUCUGAAGUCUCUAUGGCUUUCCAUUCAUUUUAUAAUCCAUCGACAUCCAAUACGAAUAAUAUGCCUGAUAAAAAACAAAAGAGAGAAACAUUUGACGCCAUUGUUCGUUGGUGUAGUGCUCAUCAACAGGUUGCGAUGGGAAUAUUAUUAUCAGAGAAAGAGAUAUCAAAUACCUUAACGAGUGAUAUUCAAGAAGAAGAUCCUUCAUUAGAAGUUGAUGAAAUCGUUUUACAAUGGCUUCAAGAAUCCUCUGAUACCCUUACAUGUGGUCAAUCUCUUCUUGUGUGUAGUUUUGUAUGUGAAGUACUUUUUUGUCGUUUGGAAAGUGCUGUGAAGAUUUUGGAAACUAGAACAGAUCAAGAAUAUUCCCUACGAAGACAAGUAGAGAUGCUUACGAAUAGAAUAGCAGUACUCCUUAAUCGUGCAAUUUCAAGUGAUAAAUUAGAAACUCAACCUCUUUCUAUUCUUAUGACUUGUGUUUAUGGUUUACAUCGUCUUUCUUGUUUGGAUAGUCCUUUUCUUCUUAGUGAUACUGAAAAGACACUACUUAAAAUACCAACGGCAUUAAUGUUUGCUGUCGUUCAUCAAUUACGAGGAGAUGCUUUAGGGAAACUUUUUCAGUUAGAUACAGAAGCAGCUGUGGAUGUUUGUUUAUCAUUUUUACUUAUUGCUAAUGAAGAGCGACGACAAGCAUUUCUAUCAGGAAGUGAUAGUGUACUUGUAAACACUGUACUGCGGCGUCUCUUACGACAUAUUACCCCAAUAACAAAACAAUUAACAGAAUUAUAUGAAGAAGAUCGAGUAGUAGUAGAAGAAAGAGAAGAAAAAGAAGAAAAAGAAUUAAUUAUCAUCUCAACUGGUAAAGAUGAUGAGACUAUAUUACACAAUACAUCUUUAUUAUUAUGUAAACCCAAAGGAGGAAUUCCUGGUUCUCCUUCCAUGUCUGAAUGUGCAAGUAUUUUACAAAAUAUAGCCUUUAGUUCUGCAGUGUAUCGAUUGGAAUUAAUAUCCUAUUUACUCUGUGUACGGAAGAAACCGAAUGAAUAUUCUCAAGAAGAUAUACGUUUACUUCCUAAUGUAUUUCAAACGAUUUCAAAUAUUCGUUCAAAAGAGUCUCAUGCACUACGAAAGAUGAUUAUCAGACAAAUUCCACUUCCAAUGAAUGAUUCUGUAUCGGUAGCUCAUCUUCUUAGUUUUAGUGAUGUUAGUAAAACACGUUUUCUCACUUAUUUAAAUGCAGUUAGUAUGGACUCUCUCACAUCAGUAGAUGCAUUGCAGGUGAUACGAUAUGCUGGAGUACAUCUUCACAGUGAAACACUUUACCGCUUUAUCGCAAUCGCUCUUCCAGAGUUUACAUCUGUAUUAGAAUUAUCUUUAUCAUCAUCAUCUUCUUCUUCAUCUUUAUUAUUACCGGUAAAAAUGGUAUUAAAUGAUACAAUUGAAUGUAUCUUGUGGACACUCUUUAAUCGAAUGACAGAACCAAGUCUUUCUCAUGAAAAGGAUAUUACCCAGAAAUAUAUUUCACAAAUAACGAGUAAUAUUGAUUGGAGUGUAAGUGAUAUACCCCAAACAGCUAAAUUGGCAUUACGACGUCUUUUAUUAUUAACCAAGUUAUCAACAUUAUUGUCUCAUUUAGAUAUUUCAGAUACUGUUAUGAUAUUAAUGGAGAAAACAUUAGAUCUUGAUUCUGGUAAUAGUAUGGCGAAUACGCUUCAAAGUGUAACAGAAGCUUUAAAAUUAAUAUCCGAUAUUAAAAAACGUAAAGAGAUUGUAGAGAAUAUGUUAAAGUAUAGUGGUUCACGAACAACAUCUUCAAUGAUACGUUUUGUAGCAUUUUUAGCUCCAUUAGCUAUGGAAUAUGGAGUUUACAAUGCUGAAUUAGUUCCACAACUUUUAAAAUUACAAACACUUAAUCCAUUUAGACUUCGUCAAGGAUUUAUUGAAGGUGUUAAUAAAGAUACCGAUAGCUUUACACGAUUUAUUGUAAAUACGAUUAAUUAUCUCUUAUCUACAAAUGAUUGGCGUACCUCUACAGAUCGUAUUCGAGAAGUUAUGACAGUAUGGAUUCAUGAUUAUCUUCACUAUGUAAUGAGUAUAUCACGAAAACAUAAAGUACUCACAACUAAUAUACAAGGAGAAGGAGAUAAUAAUAAUAAUAAUAAUAAUAAUAAUAAUAAUAAUAAUAAUAAUAAUAAUAAUUCAUCAACAUUAAAUGAAAACAGUAGUAGUGGUGGUGAUAUGCAUUUAUUAGCCUGUCCAACACAUGAACAGUUGGAGCGUGUAUUUAUUUCCAUGUUACGUGCUGGAGUGAAAUUACCGGAUUCCUUUGCCUCUGAAUUAUCCACACGUGUUCUUCAGAUUGAAAAGGAAGGAGCUCACGCGGAUGGAACGGGAUGUAAAACUCAUUUUCCUCCUCCAGGACAUUUUGUAUUUUGUUGUAAAUUAGAUAUUGUGAUUGAAUCUCCCUUUUCUAUAGAAUUAUUGGAGUAUCUUUUGAUUGCCUGUGAUUGUCGUAUUCUUCAUAAUGUUAUUAUGGAGUUUCUUAUUCAUGCUGCAUCUUCUAUUCAUGAGAGUCAAGUGGCAUUUUUAUCUAAUUUACGAAUAGUCAAUUAUACACUUGAAUUAUUUCUUCGUCGUUUAGAUGAAUUAGGGGAUAGUGUUUAUCAAAGUUUUAAACCUUCCUCUAUUUCAUCUGUGGUAGCGAAUACCAUACGAUUUACUGUGAGUUAUUUGACAAAGAAAGAAAGAUAUCAACGUCUCUUACAUCGUUUAAAUAGUUUCCAUGAAAAAGAGAAGAAUAAAGAAGAAAAAGAAGAUGAAAAAGAGAAUAAUAAUAAUAAUAAUAAUAAUAAUAAUAUAGAGAGAGAAGAGAAUGGGGAAGUUACUGUACUCCUUAUGGAACGAACUCGUAUGGAAGAGUUGAUAACUCGUCUUAUUGGGCAUCUCUCCGCUGCACAUACCAAAGAUGUGGGUUUACUCUUAAUAGAUAAACUAAAUUUAUUAGCUCCUGCUGCUGCAGAUUUUCUCAUGCUACGUUUACGAAAUCAAUUGGAAGAAUUUACUCAAGUGGAACUUUUUUAUUUAGCAAGAAAAUAUCAUCAAGCUGAGCCAUUGGUAAUAAAAGAACUUCAGAAACAUGAUAUUGCACUUACAGUAGAUCUUAGUGAUCAUGUACGUGUAGCGAAGAAUCUUCCCAUGUCUAUUAAUGUUAUGGUGAUUGAAGCUCAUUUACCGAAACUUACUUUUCAAUGGUGUACUCGACUUUUAUCUACUCUCUCUGUACAAAAAGGAUCUAUUCCUAUUCCUUUAUUGGAAUCAAUGUUAAGAAAAUUGGAAGAGGAAGCGGCAGGUGUAACUGUGAUGGACCGUAAUGUGACUCUUGUUGUUUUACAAAAGUAUAUACAAGAAGAUCAAAGAGAAAUGGAUAGUGAAAAUCUUAUUAAUAAUAAUAAUAAUAAUAAUAAUAAUAAUAAUAAUGCUGAAAUGUUUGAGCGACAACAAGGUCUUAUUCGGCGUUGUUGUGAUAAACUUUUGGUAUUAGAUGAUAUUAAUUCAUUGGAAUCCCUUACAGAGUUUCUUUCAGCUUUUCCAGAUGUACUUCGUAGUACCGUUGGAGAAUCUCUAACAGAACGGGUUGUGAAUAUAGUGCUUCCACCACUCCAAUCGAAUCUUGAAAGUCUUCUCACACUUUGCCGUUUACUACAGAGACAUAAAUUAUUAAAUGAUAGAGUGAGAUUGGCCAUCACAGAAGGUUUCUUUGAAACCAUAUUACGGAAAGAAGUUGAGGAAAGUCAUAAUAAGAAUAAAAGAAAAAGUGAAAAUGAAACUGGUGAUUCUGUGGAUGAAGCGAUUUGUUCUUCACCUGCAGUAUAUUCAUUAAGUAAUGUACUAGCGUUGGUGAUAUUACUAGCAGAAGAUGCUACUGGUUCAACAGUCUCUUAUAGUAAUAGUAAUAAUAGUAAUAGUGUUUCUACUGUUGUUACUACUUCUUUAGGAGUUUUACCAGAAUGUAAUAUUACUAGUCGUCUAUUACAUUCUAUGAAAGAGCGAUAUGCCUGUUUGCAAGAUCGUUUAUUGAUAUUAAAUACAUUGGUAGAACAAAAAGAAACUAUUGGAGGUGUAAGUAUGUCUAAUCGUACAGUUCAAGAAAUAUGUGAGGAAUUAAUUCAAGAUUGUGAAAAGAUGACAUCUAGUGAAUUUUCAAGACUUUUACAGUGUAUAAGUCGUUUAAAAUAUUGGCAUAUUGUAAAAACACAUAAAUCUAAUUUUGUAGAAGUUUUUCAAUCUGCCUGUCAGAAAGCAGAUGCUCACAAUCGUUGUGUACUUUUUAAAGCUAUUUCUUCAGAAGUUGAACUAUUCCGUGGUUAUGAAUCCUUUAUGAUACCACUGUUAGCAGAAGUUGUGGAUGUAAUGUCAAAAGAAAAUCUUGAAAUGGUGUUAUCGGCUUUACUUGGUUUACCCCUCACAGAAGCAUUGGAAUCAUUAAUAGAUGCUAUUGGAACUCGUGUACUCUCUAUGGUUAAUCAAUGUAGACGAAGUACGUUAAUUCGAAUGCUUCAAUGUCAUGCUACUUUUGGUUUACAAGAUGAUGCCCUUGUCUUUCGUUUACUUUCCGCAUUAGAAGAACAGUGUAAUCGAGAUACUCGACUGGAUAUUACACAAGCCCUUACACUUCUUCAAGCAGUGGUGGAUUUGGAUGUUCCUAUUCCUUCUAAAUUAGCGGUUACGUGUUUUAAUUGGCUUGAACAUCAUAUAGAUAAUAUGUCAUUAUCUCAACUUGCCCAUGCGGCUCGUCUUGCGGUUGCUGUUGAGAUGGGAUAUACGGCAUCUGUACAUACUUUAGUGAUGCGGGCAUUAGAGCAACGGGAUGCGAUAAGAAGUAAUGUAAUGUUUCGUCAUUCUGUGGAACUUUUGUGUGAUGAGUAUAGUGUGGAAACACCUUGGCAUUUGAAGGCUACUGUGAUGCGAAGACGUUAUCAAUCUGAUAGACUAAAAGCGUAUGUUGAGAAGAAAAGAAUUAUAGCAACGGAAGAAAGUUUAACAUAA